AGAGUGAGUGGUGAGUAGUCAAGUCGAAAGGUCGACACUCGAGUCGAGGUAAAUCUGAAAAUCGAUGUAAAACCUCCCAAAAGAAAAUCUGGACGGAAAAAUCGGAUCCUGACUAUGGACAACAACUUGAAGCCAAAGAUUUCCCGUAGAAAAGUGUCAAAAAAUCAUCUCAACUCGUGACACACCGAUUCUUUCCAAGGCUGAAGAUGACGACCGGAAUAGACAAUCCCACCUAUGCCUCGCCCGAUGUGCCGUCCGGGGUCCCGGACAUGCACGAGACGCUGUCCAGCCUGCCCGAGCAAUUCGCCGAUGGCCCGGAAAAGCAAAACGUGAAACCGGAUGUGCGGAACGAGCCGAGACACCCUCCGGAAAAUCAGAAAUGCGGAUGGCUCUGGUUCAGGCCCUUUUGUCUGCAGAAAUUUCGCACGGCGAAAUGGGCCCUCUUCUGGCUCUGCUGGGCAGGGGCCAUGCAAGGGAUGGUCGUCAACGGAUUCGUCAACGUCGUUAUCACGACGAUAGAGAGGAGAUUCGGCCUGAAGUCCUCCCAGACGGGUCUCAUCGCCGGAGGAUACGACAUCGCGAGUUUCCUGCUUCUGGUCCCCGUCAGCUAUCUGGGAGGACGGACGAAAGCUUCGAAGCCCAGGUACGUCGGGAUCGGAGUUCUGGUGAUGGGCUUCGGGAGUCUGCUCUUCGCCGCACCCCAUUACCUGGCUGGACGGUACAGGGGAGGAUCGCAGAACGAAUACUUGUGCCAGAGGGUGGCCAACGUGUCUUCGCAUUUAACAUCUUGCAAUGGCUCGGAGGAAUCCGAACUGGAGCCCCACAGUGGAUUGUAUCUGGCCAUUUUUUUAAUCGCUCAACUCUUACACGGUGCCGGCGCUUCCCCUUUGUACACCUUGGGAGUCACCUAUCUCGACGAGAACGUGUCUAAGAAAAUGUCCUCCGUUUAUCUAGGAAUCUAUUACACGAUGGCCAUUAUCGGUCCAGCCUGCGGCUACGUAAUCGGCGGAGAACUAUUGAAUCUCUAUGUCGAUUUCCUCGCCUUGGAUGCUGGGUCCCUGGGCCUGACACCUGCCAGCAACGUGUGGGUAGGUGCCUGGUGGAUCGGAUUCCUGGCAGCAGCGGUCCUCUGUUUCAUGAUCGCCGUGCCGCUCCUCGCCUUUCCAGCAUCUCUUCCAGGAUCUGAAGAGCUGGCCAAGAAGAAGAUCUCCGAGGCCCACGAGAGGACCUCUACCAACGCCAGGGUGGAGGCCUUCUCGAAAAUCCGGGAGAUCCCAAGGGCCCUUCUGGAGUUGCUUAGCAAUCCUGCCUUCUUCAUGCUGAAUCUCGCUGGGGCCAGCGAGGGAUUGCUGAUCGCCGGCUUUGCGGCGUUCCUCCCGAAGUUCAUCGAGAACCAGUUCAACGUCAGCGCCAGCUCCGCCGCGCUCCUCGUUGGUUUGGUGACCGUACCUGCCGGCGGUGGAGGCACUUUCUUAGGUGGCUACCUGGUGAAACGCUGGAACUUGCCUUGCUCCGGAAUCCUGAAGUUCUGCCUCUGUGCCACGGCUGUCUGCAUAGUUUUCACCCUGGGCUUCGCCCUUAACUGCCCAAAUUUGGAUUUCGCCGGUCUUACGGUGCCCUACAGCGGCGUCGCCAGGAAGUCUCUGUCCCUGGACAGCAGCUGCAACCGUGGAUGCGGAUGCUCGACGUCGGAAUUUAAUCCGAUAUGCGGAUCGAACGGCAUUACCUAUUACUCGCCGUGUUAUGCCGGAUGUUAUCACGCCACUCCAGUAAACGACGUCGAGGUCUACACCGAGUGCAGCUGCAUACAUGCACCCUCCUCGAACAUGACCGUCCUUUCCACGGGGUUAAGGGUGUCGUACGACGCCAUCAACACCACCUGUCCCAGUCGGUGCUCUCAUCUCUGGCUGUUCAUAGUUCUUGCAUUUUGCAACAUGACCAUGACUUUCCUGUGCACGAUGCCUGCACUCUCGUCCACCCUGAGGGUCGUCAGGCACGACCAGAGAUCCUUCGCCCUCGGGAUUCAGUGGAUCAAAGUCAGGAUCCUGGGCACCAUACCGGCUCCCAUGGUCUUCGGGGCCCUCAUUGACGAGACCUGCGUCCUUUGGCACGAGACGUGCGAGGGAAGAGGGGCGUGUCUCGUCUAUGACAAUUUUUACAUGAGUCGGUACAUGCUGGCACUGGCUUUGAUAGGCAAAGCGGCAUCCUUGCUAUUCUUUUUCCUGGCUUGGUGGUAUUACGUACCCCCUGGGGGCAGAAGAGUCAACCCCAACCCUUCGGAACCUGUGGCGACUUUGAUGGCGAACGAUGGGCCGACUAUUCAGAAUCCUCAAGCAAUGACGAAUCCCAGCAACGACACGUAGGCGUUUAUGAGGAACUAAUGGAGAACCAAUUAUGGGGGGACGGGUCUCCCAGGGUGUGAAGUUUCAGCCGAACUUCAGCAGCCGAUCUUGGGACGCUUCGACGUGGAUUCGUUUGGGAUCCUUCGGAAGCAAACGUCAGGAAAUGUUCUUUUAGAAGUAUCUCGGGGAAUCCAUUUCUAAUGUCUUUGAUACUCACCGAGGAAAGUACAUUCUGAGAAAUAUAUUUCUCUAAUAUGCGCUGUAACGAUUGAUAACGAGCGUUCCUCCCUUAUCGUGUACAUAUCUUGUUAUUGUAAUCUUGCGAGGAUAUUUCUGUGAGGGAGAAUGUAUUUUGUGAAGCCGUCACUGCCACGAUCCGGUUUGGUAAAAGGAGAUCCUUUAUUCUUUUUGAAACCUUGUACGCGAAAUUCGGGAAAGAUAUAUAUAUCUUGCAUUGUAUACUAAGGUUCAUAAGUAACCAUUUAACGAAAUUAGUUUCUCCUUAUUUUACCGAACUUAAUGUCACCUACGGUUUAAUUCACCGUCGACAUGUUUCUCUUGAGUCUAGAUAUAAUAUAUAGUUGGAGGUGUUUAGAUAAGAAGUGUACAUAUAAUAAUUAGACUUAACGCAUCGGAGUGUCGACAGAAAUAUGGGUCUUACGCGUACUUCACAGUAUUACAAGAGUUUUCGUAAUGACAUUCCACUUUGGACCUGCAGUUAUUUCUGAAAAAAAAGAAAAGAAUUCAGAUGAGUAUUUAUUUAUUACUCGGACAUUUUGCAGAAUCCUCGUUGACUAUAUAUAGAAUUAAUUAAAUGUUCCCGGAGAUGAUGAUUAGCCGUGCAGCACUUUGAAUCGUUUACAUCGCGAUGGCGUAAUGAUUUACAAGAGUACGUAAUUUACUUCCGUCGUGAAGACAUUGUUGUACAUAGUAUGCACAAAGAAUUUACAUAAUAUUGAACGGACUUUGGUAUUCAGGGAGGAGAGAAAUGCGAAUGUUUGAAAAUAUUCUGUUAAACAAUGCGCGGCGAUCGCGAGUAAGUUACGCAAUUUCGCUUACGCAUUGCGAAUUUUUUAUACCUUCUUAAUGUUUAGACAUUUUUACCGUUUCCACCGAAAUGCGGCGUUUAUUGAUGACCAAGUUGAAAUCUUUACGCAAAUGGAAGAACCUGGAAAUAUAAAUUUGUAUACACUGUGCGAAUAUAUUUCGAAGAGAAAUCUCAUUCAUCCGAUACCAUUGAAAAUACUUAACGUGUACAUUCCGUGGUGUCUCAUUGUCAUUUUACCAUCUCACCCGAAAUUUGUACUCCUUUUCUAUGGACUUUAGUGAUGUUUUCGUCGUUGUAGUUUUUUAAGAGAACACGUGUAUAAGUAGGCCACUUGUUGUUCGUCGUAGCAGUUAAAAGAAUUGAAUAAAAUCAAUUGAAGAAGUCAA